AACCAAGCAACAAUGGGUAGAAGAAAGAGAAAUAUGCCAACACCUCAGCAUGCGAAAAAGGAGAAGCUGGAGCUAUUGCCAUUUAUAUGUGGACUGUGCCCAUCGAAGUUUACACAUAUUGAUAAAUUUUGCCAGCAUUUUCUGGCACACAAUGAUAUAGUUACUGAUGAAUAUUUUCACCUUUGUGAUCUUGGGUCAUAUAAUCAUUUGGAGUCAGGCUACUGUCCAUUUGAAUGUGAUGCUUGUAAACACGUUUUUCCAACAAUAUGCCAACUUCAUAAUCAUUUCUGCAAUAUUGCAGAAGUCGGAAGUUAUCGUAUAGAUUUAAAGAAUCGCACAGGAAUUCCAGAUUCACGGCAGUGCAGGACUUCAACUGCUGUAAAACAUACAUUGGGAAAAAAACAUCUUGGUAAAUGUGUUGUUGUAUUGGAAGACUGUGUCAACAUGCUUGAUAAUUUUAAAGUGAUUGAAACACUGCCUACAGAUGGAGAUUUAAGCAGAAAAUGUCUAGAAAAUUCUAGAUUUGAAAUUAAAAAUGAUGUAAGAAAAGAAAAUGUAGAAAGAAAAGGUAAAAACAAAACUCGUUUAAAAAGGCCAACAAGGUCAUCUAAGAGGCGAAUGCAAGAAACAAGUAAUGAGUUUGAUGAAGAUGAUAAAAAUAACCAGGAUUAUUCAGAAACAUGCAAGAAGCCCAUCGAGCAGACACUUGACAGUAUUGAGUUGGUUAAAGAUGAGCAAAACUUUACUGAACAUGUAUCACAUACCGGUAGUGAUGGUGCUAGUGACAAUGACUUUGAAACUGAGAUUGAUGUGAAAGGUGUUCUAGGUGGAGAUGAAGCAGCAGAUGAGGGUUCAGAAGUAAAAGAUGCGCUAGAUGAUCAGAAACUUGUAAUUAGUGAUACAGUUGAUACUAAACUAGAAAUUGUACAUAUUUCAGAAGUCUCUAAAGAUGAAAUAGAAGCAAGGGGAUAUAAACAGGUGAAACAGAAGAAGAAAAAGCUUCAAGAAUGGAGAGUAAACCCAAAUUAUGUAAGGAAGAGACAGAUAGGAGUUGGCCGUUUUAGUAAAUGUGAAAUAUGUUUGUGUAGAGUACUGAAAGAAAACUUUCAAAAACAUCUUUUAUCUCACAUGAUCAGUGGUGGGAAUAAGGAAAAUGCAGCUGAAGUUAGCAAACAAAGUGAAAUGGGUAUGUGUGAUGAAAAUAGUUUACAUAAUUCAGUAAGAACACACAAAAGAAGAAAAGCAGCAAAGUUAAGUUUCAAAGAAUAUAGAGAUAGUGAUAUUGAAUUAGAGGACAAUGAAGAGACAGAAGUAUCUCAAGAAUUUUGGUCUUCUUCAGAAGAAGAGACUGUUGAUGAAGAAUGUCAUUGUGAUGAGGAAGAGUCUUUUUUACAGGCGGACCAAAAGGCUGAAGAAGAUGCAGAAAAUGAUUGUCAUGAGAAUAGUAGAAAAAGUCUUUCCUACACAGCUGAUUCAAAGAGGAAAACACCAGAGCUAGCCGAUGUGUUUAAAAACAUUUCUAAGGCUGCAAGAAAUGGUCAAAGAGUUAUUGAAUUUAGACAUAUGGAUCUUACAUUCAAGUUGACACCUCAGAAGCUUUCGCUGUUCUGUAGCUGGUGUGGAGAUAGAGUGGAGGGAAGUGAAUACUUAGAUCACAUUGGAAAGUGUGAUCCAGAAUCUGCAGCAGCUUUCAAUGAGGAUUUUUUCAAACAGUUCAGGGAAGUCAUUCUAAGAAGUAAAGAAGUGAAAUUUAAGAAGAAAUCAACAAAUAUUAGAACAAAGGAUAAAUGCAUUCAUUCUCAAAGUGGUACCUCUGCUAAGCAACCAAACAAAUCAAGAAUCGGAAGUAACAAUGCUGCAGGUGCCAAAGAUAUAGAUUACGACUGGGACAAAGAGCCUGAAAGAAAGAAGAGAAUUAGAAAGUUUAGAAUUAGAUAUCAGCAGUGUCAUAUAUGUGGAAUAUGGAUGAGGUAUUAUAGUUUAGAAAAACAUAUAAAAUUACACAGCACAGAGGCAGGCAAAAAAAAAUACAGCCCAGAAAAUUUAAUGAAGUGUAAAACAUGCAAAAGAAUAUGCCAUAUUAGUACAUUUGCUAUACAUAAAUGCUUUGUGCCUGGGAUGCCUAAUUACAGAGAAGAGAUGGAAGAAAUGGAAGACACUAAGGAAGACAAUGAAUCUGAGAAAGAAAAAAAACCAAAGAAACAGUUAACAGACAAAGCUAUAUGCACCAACUGUGGAGAGCUGAUUUCAAGAGCUAGAAUUAAGACACAUAUGGCCCUGAAGCAUUCAGACGAGACACCAUUUGAAUGUGAAGAGUGUGGUGAAAAAUUCAAAAUUAAAGAAUACCUGAAGACACAUAUCAAUGUGCAACAUAGAGAGAAAACAUUCCACUGUGACCAGUGUCCCUCAUCAUUUUCUGCUCCUUCUGUUUUACAACGGCACUAUUUGACACACACAGGCGAGAAAAAUUUUUUGUGUACGAAAUGCAGCAAACAGUUUGCUACAAAAGAUUUCUUGAAAAGACAUGUUAUGAGGGUCCAUGAAAAAGGUGAACUUCCUUUUCACUGCCAACAUUGUACAAGGCGAUUCCAAACAGAGGCAAGUUUAGAAUAUCAUGUGAAGUUCUCGCACCUUAAAUCUGUAGAGAAAAUAUGGUUAUGCUGUUGGCCUGAAUGUACCUACAAAUCACACAGCGCCCAGCUGCUGAGACGGCAUAUGUGUAUUCAUACAGGUGAAAAGCCAUUGGCUUGCAGUCUGUGUGAGGACAGGUUUGUUCAGAAACAAGAAAUGAAAGCCCAUUUGAAGAAGAAGCAUAACUUCAUUGUUGUACCCCAAGUUAAGGAAUGGUAUCGCCUUUCUGAAACUUACAGGAAUUUCACUUACAUUGUUAAUCCAGAAGCUAAAAAAUCAGAGCAGCGGAAGAGCAUAAGUUUUCAGGUGUGUAGUGCUUCUGUUAAUUCAAAUUUAUACAAAAUACCAGCAGUUUCUUCUCCAGUAUUAACAGGUGUUGCUUCUAAUAGUGAUGUCAAAUGUCAGACUGUGUAUGAUGGGAAUGCAGCAGGUUCAUUUGAACAAAGUGUUGUAGGAAUUGGUGAUAAAGAAGAAUGUAUGUCGGGAAGUAGAAAGAAACCACCUCAGUGAAAACGAACAAUGGUGCAGCUGAUUUUAAUGAAGCCAUGAAAGAACAGUAUCUGUCAGAAGCAGAUGACAGCUACACUUGUUUAUAGACUCUGAUGUUGGGAGUUUAAGCCAAGGUUAUUGAUGCCGUUAAUGCAGAUAGCUUAAAAUGUAAAUGAUAAUUAAACGAUUGAUAAAAUGUAUAGAUAAUAUGUCAUAAUCAAAUUGUAUUUUUAACUCACCAGUGGUGAGCUUUUCGGAUCAUUGGAUAACUGUCAUUUGUCAGUCUGUCUGUAUGUCAGUCAUAUGCCUGACGUCCACAAAGAACAUCUCCUAAGCUACAAUAUUUCAAUAUUUAUUAAACUUUACUUCAUGGGAAUGAUUUGUGGGUGAUCUCCUUUCAGAUUCGUACAAAUCUAGGUCAUUCAUACUGAAUUCUGGUUGCCAUGGCAACUAGAAAAAAUCUUUAAAAAGUCUGCUUCUCAAAAAGUGCUUGCUAUAUUGUGAAAUAUUUCCUCAGAAAUAUUCAUUUGGUGACUCUUUACCAAAGUCAUUAUGUAAUGAUAAAAAGCAUGGCAUCCAGUGGGGUUAGUUUUCUCGAUAUGGCUGUAUGGAAAACUUUGAGCAUUGUCUUUUCUGAAUCUGCUGGUUAGAUUCAAAAGAAUUUCACACAACUGUUUAACAAGUUCCUUCAAGGUCCCUCUCACCCCUCUCACCCCUAUCUCGAUGAAAUGUCCCUCCACCAUACCCCCUAUGUUUUUAUAGUCUCUUUGUGUCCUGUGUCAUCAUUCAUCUUCCCGCCUCCCACAAAACACACACACACACAAACGUUACCCACCCAUAUUUAUUUAUUGGAAACUUUUUUUAUCAGAAAACACUGGCACUACUUCAAAAUAAAUUUCACAUAUAUUUUCCUGGUGUGACCAUCUACUUAAAUGUUUAAGCAAGCUGUGUAACUCAGGUGAGUGAUCGAGGGCCAACAUGAGCCGCUUGUUUCAAUGCUUAUGUUGUUUAUGGAUAUUUUGUUUCAUGUUGCUCUAGAUUUUGUAAAAUGUUUUCUGUAAUGUUGGUAGUUAAAAGAGCCUCAUUAGCCUAGUGGAAGAGCGCCUGCUUCGAAUGCAGGAGGUUGUGUGUUCGAUUCCUGGCCGAAUACUUAAAAAUGGUACUAGUAGCAUCCUGGCUUGGCACUCAGCAUUAAAAGGAUGGUGCUAGGACUGGUCAUCCCCGUAUCAGUAUAAAUUGACUGGGUGGGGUAUCGUAUCACAUGUCUACUGUGUGAUAUUCCAGUGAGGAAGUACUAUGAAGUUGGGCAUUGUGCUCACUGCUACAAAUAGAUACCAUUGUUUAUAUGACUGAAAAGUUGUUGAAAAAUACAUUAAAACACACACACGCAUGCAUGCACACACAAGUUAUAUGAUAUAUUUACUAGUAAUUUUACCAUUUUGGCACAUACUUAGCAUGAACAUUUUUGUAUCAAAGUCUUUAAAAUUGUUGAAAAAGACAUGAAACCACACACAAAUAAAUUAUAUGAUAUAUUUACUAGUAAUUCUACCAUUUUGGCAUUAAGAUGACCACUAUUUAUAGCAACACGCUCACAGUUUACUUAAUAUACUGAUGAAAGUUUUAGAUAAUAAAAGGAGUGAAAAUGGGUAUUACAUAGUUGCAAAAGCACGUGAAAAGUUUUAAAUUUUUAAACAGUCAAAAUUAUUGCCAGAACACCACUUUUGAACUUUGAAGUGAUACUGUUUAAAAAUUCAAGUGUCAGUACCUUGUAAUUGAGUGCAGUUUUUAGCUCAACUAUUGGAAGAAUAGGUAGAGCUAUUGGACUCAUCCGUGCAUCGGCGUCCCGAUUUGGUUAAGUUUUUGUGUAUUGGCUGGUAUCUCAGUAACCACUUAUGGGAAUGGAUUGAAACUUCGCACACUAAUUCACUGUGAACAGACUUACACUGCACAUGUUCCACAACUUUACUUUUUUACAAAAUGAUGCGUCUUUUUUCUACAUUUAUUUUAAGCUUGACAGGUUAAGCUUUUGUGAUCGCAUUUUGUCCGUCCGUCCGUUCACAAUUUCUUGUGAACACUAUAAGAGACCACACUUUGCAGUCAAUUUUAAUCAAACUUGCACACAACCUGUAUAUGCAUAACAUCUCUCUUCCUUUCGAAAACUGGACAGAUCCCAUCAUGGGUUCCAGAGUUAGGCACUUAAAAGGACAAAAUUUGCAAUUUUGGCUUGUGAACAUUAUAUGAGUCCACAUUUUGCAAUGGAUUUUAAUCAAACUUGCAUACAACUUGUAUUGGCGUAAUAUCCUUUUGAAAACUGGCCAGAUCCUUUAAUGGGUUCCAGAGUUAUGGCCCCUUAAAGGGCCAAAUUUGCUAUUUUCGCUUUUGCAGCAAUAUUUAGACUUCCUUUAUGGUUUAAUUUGAUACAAACUUGCAAAAUAUCUUUAGCAACAAUAUAUCUUGGAUUCCAUGAUGAAUACUUUAGAUCCAAUAAUAGGUUUCAGAGUUACGGCCCCUGAUUGACCCCUGAAAGAGCCAAAAUUUAUUAAUUUUUACCUUGUGAACACGAUUAUAGACGUGGCGUUUUAUGAUUUUAAUCACACUUACACAAAACUUAAGUCACAAUAAGAUCUGAUUUCUUUUUGAAAACCGGCUAGAUUCCAUCACUGGUUCUAGAGUAACUGCCCCUGAAUGGGGCAAAAUUUUCUAUUUUGGCCCUUUCAGCCAUAUAGAGGUUUCAUUUAUGCUUGAUUUGAUACAAACUUGCAAAGAGAUCUCUAAGCCAAGUUGAAACUGGGUCAAAAACUAGGUCACCAGGUCAAAUCAAAGGAAGAGCUUGUUAACACCUUAGAGGUCACAUUUAUGACCCUAUCUUCAUGAAACUUGGUCAGCAUGUUUAUCUUGAUGAUUCCUAGACCACCUUUGAAACAAAGUCAUGUGGGGUAAAAAAACUAGGAUACCCUGUCAAAUCAAUGGAAAAGCUUGUUACCACACUUGAGGCCACAUUUAUUACCCUAUCUUCAUCAAACUUUGUCAAAAUGUUUAUCUUGAUGAUUGAUUCCUAGGCCAAUUUUAACAGGUGAGCGAUAUUGGGUCAUCAUGACCCUCCUGUUUUCAGUUGACAAAGCUGUUUAAUAGUUGAGCGUUGCUGUCCUCACACUAUGUACCCGGAUAAUCUUGGCUCUGUCCAGCGACCCUGAGUCUGUGCCAACAUGGCAGAUGUAAAGCAGAUACAACUUUGUUUUCUAUAUAAUUUCGAUGUAUAAAGGUAUGUUUCAGUUGUUAUAUCUGUCUUAAUUCAUCAAGUGUAUAUUUAUUACAAAAUGUAUCAUGUUGAAUAUAUUGACCCUUGUGUUUUCAGAUGGAAUACUGACAAACAAGGCAAAAUAUACAUGAACAUUUUUAUGAAAAAUCUUUAAAAAAUACUUAUAUGCUUUUAUUGCCCCAACUUUUUAUUGCCCCAACUUUUUUGUUGUUUGUAAGCAAAAAUGUACUGCUUUAUAAGAUCCACUGCAUAUUGACACAAUGCACGUUCAGAUGUGCUGACAGCUAGAAAAAGGGGUAAAAACCUAACUUCAAGUUGAUAAUAACCAAACUCAGUUUACACAAGGAAUGGAUAAAAACCUAACUUUCUCGAAAUCGUACAUUUGGUGUAAUUCUGACCAGAAGUUACAGAAGAGAACAUUUUGAAGUAAAAAACGUUUACAACGGAUGCAUAAUGCUGGACCAUCUGGCAAUACUAAUAGCUCACUCUGCACCUUUGGUUCAGUAUUACUAGUAGCUCACUCUGCACCUUUGGUUCAGUAUACUAAUAGCUCACUCUGCACUGGUGAGCUAAAAAUUUAAGUAACUGUCCAAUGAAAACCUAAAUUCAUAAGUAUCUGAUGACUACUGGCAUGAAAAAUGUACCUACCUUCCAAUGAAAAUGUAACAAUGGUUUUAUUUUGCAGACUAUAGAACAGAGGUCAGAUACAAGUAGCACUAGAAAGCUCAUUUUUCCUUGAAAAGAUCAGAUACUUGAAGGCCACUUCUUUAACAAGUACAUGUACUUAUUUCAAAUUUUCCAUAAAGUGCAUCUGUAGUGAAAAUAGGAAAUUUACUCAGAUUCCCCACAUAUCAGUUAAAAAAUAUGAAACUUGACUAAGAUUGUGAAACCCCUUAACUAAUGUAUUGUUUUAUAAGAAGAUUAAUAGAAUUUUCUUCUUGUUCACAAGCACAUACAGUAAUUGUGGUCUAAAGUAAAACCCACGAAAAGGAACAUUGAAAAGCUAAUUAAAUUCCUUGAAAAACCGUAAAAAACUGUUUUCUGAUGUGUUGUUUUUCCACCACUAUAGCCAUUAAUCUUCGCCGUACUAACAACAUACCGGUAAUUAAGAAACAGUAGUUUGUCAUUUUAUAAAAUCGUUGUUUGGAAUUCAGAUGCAGAAGAAUUAGUGCAGCCCCAAUGAUAUAAUGAUGCGCUUCUAAACGACAAACAAUGAUCGCUGUCUGAGAUAUAUUAUUUCGA